CUUAGGUAAAAUUUUAAGGUUGAGGGGCAGGUCAAGAACUAAACCGGGCUUUGGCUUGGCAUCAAAUGCUGGUAUAAAAGGCUGUACUUGUGAAUAUUAAGAUAAAGUUUGCGUUUAUUUUCAUUAAAAAGUGAACGAGUAUUCUUUCUAUCCGGUUUUCAAGUUUGCCACGUUGAUCGUUGUAAGUAAUUCGCAAACUUGACGUAAGCGUUCCAAUUCACGCCAACGUUCCUUCUCGCUCCAUUAUUAAAAAAAAAAAAAGUUUUGAUAAGUCGUCCAAAGUUUUGUUUCUCGUCUUCUUCGUCCAUUUCUCAUUCAGUGUUGAAAGAAUCUUUCUCUAAAUCGUAUCGCGAGUGCUUCUUUUCAGUUUUCGUCGUUUUUUUGCGCGAAUUUUCAUUCGCUUUUUUUCUGGCAUCUUAUUUUUUUGAGUGUGGAGGCAGCAGCAGCAGCGGCAGCGGCAGCAACAAUACACAUUUGCAACCACAACAUAUUCCCGUAUUGGUGACGCCAACGAUCAUAGAUCAAAGAAUUGUCAACGGGACUCAGUGUGGUCCAGAUAUGACAGAUCAGCGUCAACAACAAGUAAACAAAGGCAACGGAAUGGAUUCAAGAACAAAUUUGAUUAUCAAUUAUUUGCCACAGAGCAUGACAGAAAAAGAGCUCUACAGUAUGUUUGUUACAAUUGGCCCAGUUGAAUCGUGCAGAGUCAUGAAGGAUUACAAGACUGGUUACAGUUAUGGUUUUGGUUUUGUCAACUAUGCAAAAAUGGAAGACGCAAACACUGCGAUUGCAACUUUGAAUGGACUUCAAGUUCAAAAUAAGAAACUAAAGGUUUCACAUGCGCGUCCUUCAGGCGAGGAGAUUAAGGAGACCAAUCUCUACGUUACAAAUUUGCCAAGAAAUAUUACGGACAAGCAGAUUGAAGAUAUUUUCAGUAAAUAUGGAAAUAUCGUGCAGAAAAAUAUCCUCAAGGAUAAACAUACAGGUUUACCAAGAGGUGUAGCUUUCGUGAGAUACGAUAAACGAGAAGAAGCACAAGAAGCAAUUAAUUUCCUCAAUGGAACGGUUCCCGAUGGAGGUUCUGAGCCACUGAGUGUGAAAAUAGCCGAAGAACAUGGAAAACAAAAGGCGGCUUAUUACGCGGGAUGGCAAGCCGGUUACAAUCAAAGUCGCGGCGGUGGAAUGGCUGGUAGGGGACGUGGAGGGCCACCAGUUGGUGUUGGUAUGGGAGCAGGAAUGCCAGGUUUAGGUGCAGGAGGACCACCGGGUAUAAUGGGCAGAUCGAGUGGUUUUGGACCCCGUGGAGGUCAUCAUUUUGGCGGGGGUGGUGUCGGUGGCGGUCCAGGCGCAAUGAGAAUGGAAAAAAUGCAUCCCCAUCGUUUUAAUCCAAUUGGAAUGAGUGGCGGUAUUAGCGGUGGUGGUGGUACAGGAGGUGGAGGCGGUGGCUAUGGAGCAUCAAAUUUCUGGUGACCACCUAUUGAUUCUGGUGCGUCCGAGUGACAUCGGCUCCAUCGCCGCUCCUAGUUUUCAACGACGGAAAUUUUACAUAAUAUUAAAAGUAACAAAAAAAAAAUAAUAUCCAGCGUUUCAUCGUGUUCUCCAAUUUUUUUUUCUUUUUUUUAAAAAAAUAUAUCGCCCGAAGUUUAUCUCCGUCGUUAAAACUAAAUAACCGAAGCCUUCCUCUUUAUAUUCCAAAAGAAAAAAAAUCUUUUUAAACGUAUCUGUGACCUUAAAAUUUACAAUACAAUUCAGUAUUUUGAAAAAAAUUUGUCUCUUCCGAAUAAUCGGAAAAGAAUUUUGUUUUUUUUUUUUGUUUUAGAGAAAAAUUGGGAAGGAUUUCUUUUUUAAUUGUGUUAAAUUAUUAAUUUUUUUUUCUCGUUUUCUAAUGUACCGAUCUAUUGAGAUACGGCUUUUAAUUAAUUGAUAAAGUUACGGAUGUUGCUGAUGUCACAAAUUUGUUACAUAUAGAAUUGAUAAAAAAGAAAAAAUAAAAAAAAAACGACGUUUUACUUCGCGCGUUUUCAACGUUUUUUCGCGUUCGUUGAAAGAGGAGCCACACACACGCUGGGUUCUGCUCGUUGUUAAAUGUUUCCUUUUAGCUUCAAAUAAAAUCGUCUAUUCUAUGUUAGUUUAAGGAGAUUUUUAAAGAAUAAAAAAAAAGUAAGAAUAAUAAUGAAUUCCAGGUCACUGAGAAGAAGCUUAGAUAGGAUUAAAAAAAAGGCGAUGAUUCUCAUUGAAUAAAAUGUAAAUAUUUAGCAGAUGUUCGUAUUUUGUAUCGAAAAGACACUCAUCUCUAAUCAUGUGCGAACAUUAAGAAUUGUGCGUUCGACAAUACGAAAUAUCCAAAUAGAUUCUAUGGCUCAACUUUUUCUCAGUGGGUGCGUCGCACACGUGGAUUUGUCUUUUUUUCUCCAAUCAGAAAAAAAAAUCAUGUACUUGAAAAAUUACCUUGUUUCGUAAUAUUAAUUGCGAAAAAAAUAAAUUCAUACAUUUUCAAUUAAAAGACAAAUCCACGAGUGCGUUUUGAUAGCUCGUGUAAUUUUUGUGCGGUAUGUUAAUGAGCUUAACAUGAGAAUAAAUUACAGCGAAAAAAAGAAGCACGUUGUUAUCGCAAACACUGUACAGGAAAUGUGAGACUGACUUUUUAUAGGUGAUAAACUUUUAGAGAGACGAUUGUCUUCAUUAAUCGGGGUUUUUUUUUUUUUUUUUUUUUUUUUAUUAGUUCUAGAAUGUCUUUUCUUUUCUUUCUUUCUUUUACAAUUUAACAAUUUUUUCUCUCUUUUUUUUAAAAAAAACGUUUCUUUUAAAUAAUUUCUUUGUAUGCGAAUGAAUUUUUUUAAAAAUUCUUUUACUCAGUUUGCUUGUAAAAAUUGAGUUUAAUAUUUUCUUCUUUUACAAUGUAAUGAAUUUUCUUUUAAUUUUUAAUUUUACAGAAUUUGAGUAAAUUUGUUUUCAAAUUAAAAAUUUUCCUUUAAUUUUUAAAACAAAAAUAAAAUUUUUUAGGGGAAAUAUGUGGGAAAAAAAAUUAAUUUCGAAAUUUUAAAAAUCGAAUUUUAUUAUUGACUAUUUUCGGGGUGGGGUAAUUUUUUUUUUUUUCUGAAACGACUUCAUUGUAAGUCCCUGGCUAAUGAUUUCGUAAGUCGUCAAGUUUAGAUCGCAGAUUUCGAAGAUCUAGUUUCUAAGUUCAUUUCACUACGUUUCAUUGCGGACGUAAUUUUGAAGAUAAUAAUAUUAUAUAAUUAUUGAAGAUACAUUCGAUAUUAAUUAAUUAAUAAUAAUAAUAAUAAUAUUAAUAAAAAGUUGAUUGUCAAAUUCUAAAUAAAUCUCUCUUGUCUAAGGACCGUGAAAAAUAAAAUGCACAACUGCUUUUUUUCUUGAUAUAAACAAUGUCAAAAGAAAAAAGAAAGAAAAAUACAAACAUAAACGGUCUUUAAUUCAAGCUUCUGAAGUAGUGAGAAUCUUAUGUAUCGCCUGUACCAAUACCUUCAAUAAAUUUACGUUCUCACCAAAAAAAAA